AUGGCCUCCACCCAAGCUCCAGACAGCUCCCAGCCAGUGCCAGAGGAUGGCACAGGUGUGAUACAGUUGGAUCCUUGGCUGGAACCUUUCCGGGAGGCUCUGCAACGCCGAUUCGGAUUUGUUAAACAAUGGGUGAAGACUAUCAACGACACCGAAGGGGGACUGGAGAAAUUCAGCAGGGGCUACGAGAACUUCGGCCUCAACGUCCACCCGAAUGGUGACAUUACCUACCGAGAAUGGGCCCCCAGUGCUAUUGAGGCGCAGCUGGUUGGCGAAUUUAACAACUGGGACGUGAGUGCCCACCCAAUGACCAAGAGUCCCUUCGGUGUCUGGGAGGUUACUGUAUCGGCAAAGGAUGGAGUUCCGGCCAUUCCUCACGGCAGCCUAAUCAAGAUCACAAUGGUUACGCCCGCUGGAGAGCGAAUCUAUCGAAUCCCAGCAUGGAUCAAGCGCGUGGUGCAAGAUCUCAGCAUUUCUCCUGUGUAUGAUGCGGUUUUCUGGAAUCCACCUGAAUCAGAGCAAUAUCAAUUCAAGCAUGCGCGUCCCAAAAGACCUGAGAGUCUCCGUAUCUACGAGGCCCAUGUGGGAAUCUCCUCGCCAGAAACCAAGGUGGCGACGUACAAGGAGUUUACGGCCAACAUGCUGCCUCGCAUCCAGUAUCUGGGCUACAAUGCGAUCCAGCUCAUGGCCAUUAUGGAGCACGCCUACUACGCCAGCUUCGGGUAUCAAGUGAACAAUUUCUUCGCCGCAAGCAGUCGCUACGGCUCGCCUGAAGACCUGAAGGAGCUCGUUGACAAGGCGCAUAGCUUGGGACUGGUGGUGCUGCUUGACGUAGUGCACAGUCACGCGUCGAAGAACGUCCUCGAUGGGCUGAAUCACUUUGACGGGACCGACCAUCAAUACUUCCACGGCGGUGGGAAGGGUCAGCAUGAGCUCUGGGACAGUCGACUGUUCAACUAUGGCAGUCACGAGGUUCUGCGAUUCCUUCUAAGUAACCUGCGGUUCUGGAUGGAUGAAUACAGAUUCGACGGUUUCCGCUUCGACGGCGUCACUAGUAUGCUCUAUACUCAUCAUGGAAUUGGAACUGGAUUCUCUGGCGGCUACCACGAAUACUUUGGGCCAUCAGUGGAUGACGAGGGCGUCAUGUAUCUGACGCUUGCCAACGAGAUGCUCCACCAGCUCUACCCCGAUGUCAUCACCGUCGCAGAAGACGUCUCGGGAAUGCCAGCGCUCUGUCUACCACACGCUCUUGGAGGUGUUGGCUUCGACUACCGUCUAGGCAUGGCCAUCCCAGACAUGUACAUCAAACUCCUGAAAGAGAAAUCCGACGACGAAUGGGACAUUGGAAAUCUCUCAUUCACCUUAACCAACAGACGACACGGCGAGAAAACCAUCGCCUACGCCGAAAGUCACGACCAAGCCCUCGUCGGCGACAAAACCCUCAUGAUGUGGCUCUGCGACAAGGAAAUGUACACGCACAUGUCCGUCCUCACCGACUUCACCCCCAUCAUCGAGCGCGGCAUGGCCCUGCACAAGAUGAUCCGGCUGGUCACGCACGCCCUCGGCGGCGAGGGCUAUCUGAACUUCGAGGGCAACGAGUUCGGCCACCCAGAAUGGCUCGACUUCCCGCGUGUCGGCAACAACAACUCCUUCUGGUACGCGCGUCGCCAGCUCAACCUGACCGAGGACCCUCUGCUUCGAUACAAGUUCCUCAACGAGUUCGACCGCUCCAUGCAGCUCACCGAGGCCAAGUACGGCUGGCUCCGCGCCCCGCAGGCAUACAUCAGUCUGAAGCACGAGGUCGACAAGGUGCUGGUCUUCGAGCGUGCCGGACUUCUCUGGAUCUUCAACUUCCAUCCCUCGCAGAGCUUCACGGACUACAGGGUCGGUGUCGACAAGGCGGGCACGUACCGGAUUGUAUUGGAUACUGACGACAAGGCGUUCGGCGGGUUCGGACGGAACUUGAAGGAGACGCGCUUCUUCACGACGGACUUUGGUUGGAACGGUCGGAGUAAUUAUUUGCAGGUUUAUAUCCCGACGAGAUCGGCUUUGGUCCUCGCCCUCGAAGAGACCCUCUAG